CCCCCCCCAGACAUUCCGCUUCCCCUUUUUCGCGUCGUCCACCUUGCUCACUCGCCUACACAACUACUCUAUCUACCUACAUCUCCCCCCCCUCUCCAGCACCUGCCCUCCCUCCCUAGCCCUCGUCAUCCUGCUGCCAACAACACGUCUGACCCACCAAAAAAGGCUCAAUUCCUCCGUCAAUAACUCUACGACGCAAUGGCCCAAACAGUCGUUUUCCCCAGGAGCCAUGUCGCGCAAGCUUCUGAAGCGUGGCUUCCAUUCAACGUGAUAUGCGUUGGCCAGACGGGUCUCGGAAAGUCGACCUUGAUCAACACCAUCUUUGCUUCGCACCUUCAUCGACUCGAAGGGCCAUGCUGGGAUCCUAUCGUCAAGUACAUCAAGGAUCAGCACUCUGCCUACCUCCGAAAGGAGCUCACUGCACAGAGGGAACGCAUCUACAUCGUAGUCCUGAAGAAGCUAUCCGACGUUGUUAACGUCGUUCCCUACCCCUACGACAACGAUGAGCUCGACGAGGAGGAGCGCGCGCUCAACGCCCAGAUCAAGAACAUCAUUCCGUUCGCCGUCGUGGGCUCCGAGAAGUCCAUUAUCGUUGAGGGCAAGCAAGUGCGCGGACGACAGAACAGAUGGGGGUUUGAGAACGAGGCCCACUGUGAAUUCGUCUACCUGCGCAACUUCCUCACGCGCACACACCUCCAGGACCUGAUCGAGACUACCUCCCAGAUCCACUACGAGACCUUCCGCGCCCAAGCAGCUGCUGGCCCUCAAGGAGUCGAGCGCCGCCGGGAGCUGAGCCGGGGCUCGCAGCAGAGGAUGACGAUCAACGGGUACUAAGCUGUGUACCUGGUAGCAGGGGGUCAGAGGGAGGAGAGAGAAGUCGAGUGGAAGCAGAUCAAACCAACCUCGAACUCAUCUUUUGUGUGCACCGUUUUUUUUCUUUUUCUUUCUUGGUUUACGAGCGACCGCAUGUCGUUGCUGUGCCUGUUUUAUAAUACCUCAUGAAUAUUUGUUCCCUUACCUUUCUGUCUGCUUUUGUCUGCUGCUGUAUUAAAGCGCAUACCCUCCGCCCUCCGUUGUAUUGUUUCCUUUCCUUGCGUGUUUCUUAAGGGGGGCAGGCUUUAGUGGUGAUGGUGUUGAGUUGAAGUAAAUUUUUGAC